AUGACAACGGAAGACUCUGGCCUCAUGGCAACAGCGAAGGAAGAUCAGGUUGAAGCAGACGUGGAGACCGACGAGGAGAAGUUUUUGCUCACUCUGGAGUCUCGUGUCUUUGUGAAGAAUCGAGCCUACUUCCUAUUCGUCACUGCGAGGGAAAAAAUGGCUGAGAUUUGGCGCAAGUCAGGCCAUGUUUUGGGCCUCCGCACACCCAGCGAUCUGGAGUUAGAGGCACUUGGCCCUCCUCAGACCGAGGCGGUAGUCCGAGCCUUUGAGCUUUGCAGAGAGUUCUCUGGAGAGUCCUUGUUCAACCACUGUAUGCGUGCAUACUACUUUGCUGCGGCUGUGCGGUGGUUUGGAAAAGGCUCCCUCAAGGGCCUUGACCUAGAGCAGAUGGCAGUGGCAUUUGCCUUCCAUGACUUCGGCUUGACGAAGACAAGCCAAACAGAGAGUGAAGAAUCCAUGUAUCCUUUCGAGGUGCGAGGGGCUCGCAAGUGCUUGCGUUUUGCCCUGAAAGAGACACAGAUGACCAAGCAACAAAUCACCAUCAUGUACGAGGCCAUCCGCCUGCACACAGCACUCGGCUUUGAAAAGCCAACAGAGUUGGCCGGCCUGAUUACUGUUGGUACGUGCUGUGACGUGGUGGGCUAUCGCUGUGAGGACUUGUCCAAGAAGACGAAGAAGACAAUCCUCACAGCAUACCCGAGGCUGAAGUGGAAGGACGUGGUGAUUCAGGCCUUCGCUGAUGACGCAAAGAUGCCUCACCCAUCUCCUGUCAUGAGGCGGUACCAGCGAGAGUAUUUUUUCAACUUGUUGGUGCGCAUGGCCCCCUUUUCAGAGUGA